AUGGCUUCCGAGGCAGCAUCCCAGGUCACCAUUGGGGCUCUAAGUGCUAUCUUUGACGAAACCAAACCCCAAGUACGAGAGCCGAUUGUUCAAUGUGUUCAGAUCAAGGCAUUGCCAGCUCAGCCGAACCAACCAGAACGUUACCGAGCUGUUUUCAGUGAUAUUGAAAACUAUGUUCAAACCAUGCUUGCUACUCAGGCCAAUUCAGUGGUGACAGAUGGGUCUCUCCGGAAGGGCUCUUUUGUGCGACUCAAGUCAUUUCAAUCAAACUCCGUCAAGGGCAAGAAGAUCCUCAUCAUCUUGGACCUUGAAGUUCUAAAGGAACUGGGCGAGGCUGACAAAAUCGGUGAACCAAAACCACUUGAAGCCAAAACCGAGGAAGGGGAAGUUGGUCAACCAACAACAAUAUCCGGCAACGGGUUUUACGGCUCCAAGAUGGAAGGUGCACAUGCUCAGCAAAACCGGCGAGCCCAGCCAAUGUCUGCCCCUAUGUCUACUUCUUCUGCCCAUGCCACAAUCUAUCCGAUUGAAGCCAUCUCUCCGUAUUCCAACAAAUGGACGAUGAAAGCGCGAUGCACGAGCAAGUCCAACAUCAAAACAUGGCACAACAAGAACGGUGAAGGUAAGCUGUUCAGUGUGAAUUUACUGGACGACAGUGGUGAAAUCCGUGCAACCGGUUUCAACGAACAAUGUGACAUGCUCUACGAACUCUUCCAGGAGGGCAGUGUUUACUACAUUUCGAGUCCCUGUCGGGUCCAAAUUGCCAAGAAACAGUUCACGAAUCUCAACAACGAUUAUGAACUUACAUUUGAGAGAGAUACCAUUGUUGAGAAGGCCGAGGAGCAAAAUGAUGUCCCUCAGAUUCGAUUCAAUUUCACCACUGUUGCUGAUUUGCAGACUGUUGAAAAAGACACAACCAUUGAUGUCAUUGGCGUGCUGAAGGAUGUUGGGGAGACAUCGCAGAUUACAUCAAAAAGCACCGGCAAACCUUAUGACAAACGUGAGCUUACGCUGGUCGAUAACACAGGAUUUUCUGUCCGCUUGACAAUUUGGGGUGCAACUGCAAACAAUUUUAGUGUGGCACCCGAGUCAGUUGUGGCAUUCAAGGGAGUCAAGGUUUCUGACUUUGGCGGAAGAAGUCUGAGUCUUCUGAGUUCGGGCUCAAUGACUGUUGACCCUGAUAUUGGGGAGGCUCACCGACUUAGAGGUUGGUAUGAUGCUCAAGGCAGGUCGGAGAACUUUGCAUCCCAUGCUUCAUUGUCAAAUGCGACCAACUCCGGGGCCAAAAUGGAUCGUUUCAAAACCGUUGCGCAAGUUCGAGAAGAGCAGCUUGGCAUGUCUGAGACUCCUGGUUACUUCUCUCUGAAGGCAACCGUGACCUACAUCAAGCAGGAUUCCACCUGGUGCUAUCCUGCGUGCCUUUCUGAGAACUGCAACAAGAAGGUAACGGAGCUUGAUCCAGGACAGUGGCGGUGCGAAAAGUGCGACAAGACCCACCCCAAGCCGGAGUACCGCUACGUCAUGCCUAUUAGUGUCAGUGACCAUACUGGCCAGCUUUGGCUCAGCUGUUUUGACGAGACUGGGAGAAACAUCAUGGGCAAACCUGCCGAUGAACUAAUGCAACUCCGCGAAGACGACCCUAGUGCUUUUGGUGAAGUCUUCCAGGGGGCCAACUGCCAGACCUGGAGCUUCAGGUGCAAAGCCAAUGUGGACAAUUUCGGCGAUCAGCAGCGUGUGCGAUAUCAGGUCUCAUCCUCCCAGGCAAUCAAUUACUCGGAUGAAGCCGCUCGCCUUGCCAAUAUCAUUGAUUCCUACAGCAUUGAGUAA